AUGGAGAAUUUCUCAUUUUCUCAAGAGGUCUAUGAGCCUAGCAUCCCUUUCCUUCCCAGUUUUGUCAGCUCAACAAACACAUCAACUCUGCCUGAAAGACAACCAAGAGAUGAACAAUUAGCUCAGGUAGAGAUUGCUGUGUUAGGAAUAAUAUUUACAACAGCAUCUGUGGGCAACAUCAUCCUCAUACUGGUGUUAUGGAGGAGAAGAAUGAAACUGUCAAGGAUAUACAUGUUCCUGCUUCAUCUGAGUAUUGCAGACCUGAUGGUUGCAUUCUUUCAAGUCCUUCCUCAGCUCUUUUGGAUAAUUACAGAUGUUUUCAUGGGUCCAGACAUCCUGUGUAGAAUCAUCAUUUAUCUCCAGCUGUUGAGCAUGUUUGCCUCCACUUAUAUGAUAGUCAUUAUGGCAAUGGACAGAUUCCAAGCAGUGUGCCACCCCAUGGCCUCUUUUCAAAAGAAAGGGGUUCUCUGGAAUGCGCCUAUCUGCAUCAGCUGGUUUAUCUCUCUGGUCUUUAGCAUUCCCCAAGUAUUUAUUUUUCGGAAAAGAGAGGUUUCCCCAGACAUAUUUGACUGCCAAGCUGACUUCAUUGAACCCUGGGGCACAAAGGUAUAUGUGACUUGGAUUUCCAUAGCUAUUUUCUUCCUUCCUGCAGCUAUCCUCAUCAUAUGCCAUGUGAGGAUAUGCAGAGCAAUCCAAAUGAACAUGCAUUUGAAAAGCUGCAAUGAAUUUGAAGUAACUCAUCAUAAGCAAAUACAGUCAUCCCUGAGAAACAAUGCGAACUGUAUGUCAAAGUCUAUGAUCAAGACUAUAAAGAUGACAGUGGUGAUAGUUGUUGCUUAUAUUUUCUGUUGGUCACCAUUUUUCAUUGCACAGCUAUGGACUGCAUGGCACCCCAGUGAUGCUAGGACUGAAGGUCCAGUAAUAACCAUUCUUAUGCUCCUAGGGAAUCUUAAUAGCUGUGUUAAUCCAUGGAUUUAUAUGUACUUUUGUGGUCAAAUACCAUGUUCAAAAAAAAUACUGGACAACCCUUCAGCUAACGAUGAGUCUACCAUUACAGGCAGCGUUCACUUGGGAGAGAAAGAAUUUGAAGACAAUACGACGACUGUGUAAUUAUCAACUCCUGCUUUAUAGCUUCUAUUUGUU